CUCCCUGCCCUCCUCCUCCUCCUCCACCCGGCCAGAGAUCUGAAUGAGAGCAGGGGACCGGCCGCAUCUCCAGCACGCACAGGGCCGAGGGGGAGUGUAAGCAGCGCCGGCAGGAGGUGAGCGACAGGCCCCGGGCGGGUAGAGGACAGGCUGUGGAACGUAAAAGAUUAUUUAGCCUUAACAAAGCACAAUGGAGUUUUAUGAAUCAACAUAUUUCAUUAUCCUAGUACCAUCGGUGGUCAUUACAGCCAUCUUCCUUUUCUUCUGGCUCUUUAUGAAAGAGACCUCCUAUGAUGAAGUCCUUGCUAAACAGAAAAAAGACCAGAGGCUUCCUCCGGCUAAAGUAGACAAAAGGAAAACUGAGAAAAAAAAGAAUAAGAAAAAGGAGUCUCAGAACGGCAAUCUUCACGAAUCGGACUCCGAAACUGCAAUUCGUGAGUUUGAUUUAGGAGAUGCCCUGUCUAAUGAGGAAGAGCAUGUAGUUCCUACACCUGUUGCAGUUGAUUCACUUGCAAACCUCAGGGAACGCAAGAAGAAAGACAAGAAGCAGUCAAAGUCUACGGCCGAGGAACCCAUUGGGAAAGAGGUCAAUGGCACCAAACUUCCUCCCAAGAAGGCUGAAACCGUUCCUGUUACAAAGCAGCCAACACCACCUCUUGAUGUGUCUGGAUCCAAGAAGAAGCAAGGAUCAAAGAAACAGAAAAAUGGAAGAGAAGACUCCCCUGUUAAUCCGGAAACCAAGAACGAGCAGGUCGUCCCCUCGAUUAAGAAACAGGAGGCUCCCGUUUCACCAGUGGAAGGGAAGCCGCAAGAAAGUGCGAGCGGAAGGAAGAAAACCACGGCAAAGAAACAAAAAGUGGAAAAUGUUUCUGCAUUAGUGGACGAGCCGUUAAUUCAGCCAACUACUUACAUCCCGCUGAUGGACAACGUAGACCUGAACGUGGCGGAGAAGAAAGUGGAAAGGAAGGAUGUCGUCGCCUUGGAAAAAACAGAGGUGUCCAACGCUCCACCAAAAGUGAGCAAGAAAAUGAAGACGGUUACAGAUAAAGAAAAUGCGGAGGUGAAGUUUAAGGAUUUCUUGCUGGCUUUAAGGAGCAUGAUCCUGAAUGAAGAUGAAGCGAUGUCCGUGGUGGAGAUGCUGAAGGAGAAAUCAAAGGCUGUGCAGGACAUUAUACACAAGGCCACGAAAGGAGAUUCUGCUGCACAGCAUCAAUUACAGGAGAAAGAAAAGUUGCUUGUUGCUGCUCGGGAAGAAGCGACAAACUUGAAGGCUCAACUGAAGCAUGUCUCUCAGGAGCUCGGCGUGGAAAAACAGAAAUCUGGUCUUGUGGAAGCAAAAGCGAGGGAACGGAUCACUGCCCUGGAGAAAGAGCACAGUGUCUUCCAGAGCAAAAUGCACGGCAGCUUCCAGGAGGCUCAACAAAUGAAGCUAAAAUUUCAGCAGGUCCGCGAGCAGUUGGAGGGCCAGCUGGCUCACCUGAAACAGGAGAACGGUAUCUUGAGGGAUGCAGUCAGCUCUGCCACCAACCAAAUGGAAAGCAAGCAAUCUAGUGAGCUGAACAAACUCCGCCAGGACUAUGCCAGGCUUCUGAAUGAACUGACCGAGAAGAACAACAAGGUGGCUCAGGAAGAAUUGCAGAAGAAGAACUCUGAGCAGUUGGUGUCUCAGCUAAAGGCCCAAAUACAAGACGCUGAGAGGAGAGUGGAGGAAGUUGAGACGUAUUUGAGGAAAAGGCUGUCAGAAUGUGAUGCAACUCAGCAAGAAAUGCAGGCAAAGCUGAUCGCCAAGGAGAAUGAAGUUCAGAGCCUGCACAGUAAACUUACGGACACAAUGGUAUCGAGCCAGCAGCUGGAGCACCGAGUCCGGCAGCUCAUGGAAGCCGGGCAACAGGAGAGUCUUCAGCUGCAGAUGCAGGAUCUGCUGAAACAGAAUGAAACUCUAAAUCUCCAGAUCCAGAAAUACCAUACACAAAUGCAAGCACAGUCUUCAGCAGCAUUGCUUGUAGAAGAGCUACAGAGAACAAUUUCGGAGAAAGACCAAGAUAUUAAACGGAUGGAAGAGUCCGUGGCCCUGGAACAUGCAAGUUUUGCAAACAGUGCAGAAGAACUUAAGGCAAUACAAAGGGAGAACAUGUCAUUAAAAGCAGAAUUACAGACCGUUCAGAUAUUGAAGAAUGAACAGGCUACUGCUGUUCAAGCCCUGGACCGACUGCAAAAAAGUAUUGUUGAAAAAGAUGAGAAAAUCAGAGCUCUUGAAGAACAACUUCAGGGACACCUUGCAAAGGUUUCCAUCAACAUGGAGGAUUAUACAUCUCUGCGGAAUCACAAUAAUGAAUUACAGAUGCAAGUUCAAGCCCUGCAGACACAGCUUGAUCAGGCUAAGAAAGAACUUUUGGGACAGAUGGAAAUGAGCAUGAAAGAAAAGGAUGAGAAAAUCAGAACAGUGGAAGAGCUUUUGGAAUCCGGCCUCAUCCAGGUUGCUAACAGAGAGGAGGAACUGAGGACAUUAAGAGAUGAAAAUGCAUCUUUGAAGAUGGAUGUGCAGAACCUGAAGGCCCAACAGACAAAUCAGAUAUCACUGACGUCUGUUGUAGAAGAUCUUAAAAAUGUGAUCCAUGAGAAAGAUGGGAAAAUAAAGUCUGUGGAAGAUCUUCUUCAGGCUGAGCAUCUCAGGGCAGACAACCAGGAGAAGACUGUGCAGGCGUUGAAUAAGGAAAUUGAGGAUCUGAAGGAAGCGUUAAAAAGUAACCAGCUUGAAAAGGCUGAACAGGUUUCCAACGCAGGCCAAGUAGAACAGCUUCAGAACGAGUUGAGAGGCAAGGAUGAGUUGAUGAAAACGUUAGAAGUGAGAUAUAAUGAACGUGUAAAUGACAUAACUACCAAAGAGAAGCAACUACAGGUUCUAGAGCAGGAAUGCAGACACCUUAAACAGCAUAUUGAAGAGGUCCAGCAAAAGCUGCUGCAGCAGGAAUCUGCAUCUUUGCAAGUACAGGACCUACAAAAACUACUUGAACAGCAGGAAGAGAAGAUUCAGAAAGUGACGGCCACCCUGUCUGAGCGAGAUAAACUAAUUGCUGAAACAUCUCAGGAAUUGCAGGUUCUGAGAGCUGAUAAUGAAACGCUGAAAACUCAGGCCUGUGAACUACAGGAGAAACACAACCAGCAAAUUCAACAGGUGCAGUCAGCCAGCCCAAGGGAAGAACUGUUGAAAGCUCUUUCAGAGAAAGAUAAAUCCAUAACAGAUUUGCAAGGUGAUCUGGAGUCUCUCAGGUCUGCUCUGGAGCAGCAGAGGAAAAAAAAUAAUGACCUUCGGGAGAAAAACUGGAAAGCUAUGGAAGCAUUGUCAUCCACUGAAAAAAUGCUACAGGAGAGAAUGAGCAAGACAGCCAAGGAGAAAGAGCAGCGGGUGCAAGCCGCAGAGACAGAGGCUCGGGAAAUCCUGAAGAAGCUGUUCCCCAGUGUGUCCGUUGCUGCAAGUUUGGGUCAUGGUGAAUGGGUCCAGGAGUUUGGCAAGUUGGCAAGAGUGAGUUUGAUUGAAAAUGCUGGAACAGAGAAAGUGAAGGAAAUGGAGCAGAAGUUGAAGGAGGCGGAAGAAAUCCAUUCAAUGUUGCAGCUAGAGUGUGAAAAGUAUAAGUCGGUUCUUGCACAAACGGAAGGUAUCCUGCAGAUACUGCAGCGGAGUGUUGAGGAGGAAGAAGGAAGGUGGAAGAUUAAGGUUGAAGAAUCUCAAAAGGAACUGAAAGAGGUGCUAUCUUCUGUACGUUCUUUGGAACAGGAAGUGGAAAUAUUGAGAAACAGAGAGAAGGAAGCAGAAAACCUUGUAAAAGAGAAGGAACAUCUGGAAACUGAGCUGGAGAAGGCAGAACUUGAAAGAGCCACCUAUGUAUCGGAAGUUAGAGAGCUCAAAGAUCUGUUGACUGAAUUGCAGAGAAAACUUGAUGGUUCAUAUUCAGAAGCAAUAAGGCAGAAUGGAGAGCUGUCUUUGCUGAAGACUCAGCUGCACGAAACUUUGCAGAAACUGGAAGGAGAGCAGAACGAGAGACAGAAAGUUGCAAGCGACUUGCAUGAGGCUCAGAAGUCACUGGACCUCAUUCAGCUGGAAAUUCUGAAAGCUGCUGGUGACGCCAAUGUCAUAGAGAACAGCGACAUUUCUUCUGAAACGGAGGGACAGGAAACAAAAGAGAAGAUGUCUCCCAGUUUAAGUCAGUCAGUAACGCGCUUACAGCAGUGUCUCCAGGCUGUGAACCAGCAGCUCACAAAGGGAAGAGAGCACUUUCAGAUAAUAGGAUGAAGUCACCGAGGGAUUUUUCGCUUGGGGAGAUAACGGAAGGCAUUGUAUUAUAUUUUGCCAAAUUAAAGCCUUAUUUAUGUGUUCA